UCCGAAGCCAGGAGCCAGGUGCUUCCUCCUGGUCUCCCAUGCGGGUGCAGGGCCCAAGCACCUGGGCCAUCCUCCACUGCACUCCCGGGCCACAGCAGAGAGCUGGACUGGAACAGGGGCAACCGAGACAGAAUCUGGCGCCCCAGGCAGAGCAUUAGCCUAGUGAGCCAUGGCACCAGCCUCUAGUUUUUUGAGAACACUCCAUACUGUUUUGCACAGUGGCUACACUAAUUUACCUUCCCACCAACACUGUAUAAGAGUUCCACUUUCUCUCUAUCCUCGUCAACACUUGUGAGGUUCUCUCUUUUGUAUUUUAGCCAUUCUGACAGGAGUAAGAUAUCUUGUGGUUUUGAUUAUCAUUUCCCUGAUGGCUAGUGAUGCUGAGCAUUUUUUUCUUAUAUUUGUUGACCAUUUGCGUUUCUACUUUUGAAAACUGAAUAUUGAGGUCCUUUGUCCAUUUCUUAAUUGGAUUUUUUCUUGUUAAGUUGUUGAUAUAUUCAGGAUAUUAAUCCUUUUUCACAUAGGUAGCUUGCAAAUAUUUUUUCCCAUUCUAUUGAAUGUCUCUUCACUCUAUUGAUGGUUUCCUAUGCUACGCAGAAGCUUCUGAGUUUAAUAUAAUCCAAUUUGUUUAGUUUUUGCUUUUGUUACCUAUGAUUUUAGGGUUUUGUCCAAGAAGUUGCACCUACACCAAUGUCUUGGAGUGUUUCCCCCACAAUUUCUUCCAGCAGCUUCAUAGUCUCAGGUUUUAAACUCAGUUUUGAUCCAAUUUGAGUUGAUUUUUUUGUCUAGGGUGAGAGUUAUGAAUCUAACUUCUUUCUUUUGCAUAUGUACAUCCAGUUUUACCAGCACCACUUGUUGAAGAAAUUAUUCUUACUCCACUGCAUGGUGUGAGUACUGUUAUCAAAAAUCAGUUGGCCGUAUGAACAUGGAUUAAUUUCUGGGCUCCCUAUCAUGUUCCAUUGAUCUAUGUAGCAGUUUUUAAUGCCAGUAUCAUUCUGUUUUAGUUAGUAUAGCUUUGUAGUAUGCUUUCAAGUCAGGUAUUGUGAUGAUGCCAGCUUGAUUUUUCUUGCUCAGGAUCACCUUGGCUAUUCUGGGUCUUUUGUACUUGUAUAUGAAUUUCAGGAUUGUUUUUACUAAUUUUGUAGAGGGAUUAAAAGGGGUUGCAUUAAAUGUUUAUAUUACUUUAGGUAGUAUGGGUAUUUUAAUGAUAAUGAUUCUUCUAAUCCAUGAGCAAAGAAUAUCUUUUCAUAUUUUUGUAUCCUUGAUGCUUUCUUUCAGCCAUGUUUGAUAAUUUUCAUUGUAGAGAUCUUUCACUUCUUUGGUUAAAUUCAUUCCUAAAUAUUUUAUUUUUUGUGGUUAUUGUGAAUGGGAUUUCUUUCUUGAUUUCUCUUUCAGUAAGUUCAUUAUUGACACAUAAAAAAGCCACUGGGGCCCAUAGGCUAAGUUUAGCACAUGCCCUCCCUAUCACCAAGAUGCCCAACAGGAAUGUCGGCUCUGCCAAAGGGGUGGUGAAUGAAGAGUCCAAGAGAAGACUGGUGAGGUUGUCAACUAAACCUGUUCCUGCAAAAGUGGAAAUGAAGCCCAGAAAGGCAGCUGGGAAUGAUAAGUUGCUAGACAAAAGCGUACAAGCAAAACGGAAGGGAGGAACAAAGGGAAAACAGGCUGAGCUGGCUAACCAAGAAAUUAAAGAUUUGUCUACAGAAAAUGUAGAAACUAAAUGAGCAUCCAGUCUCUGAUGAAGCAGAAGAGAAAGAAGUCAAGUCUAAUUAAAAUCAUAUACCAGGUCUUAUCUGUUGUCCCUGUCUGCUUUCUUAGACAAUCCAGAGAAAUAUUUUAUCAACUAUUUUGUAAAUGCAAGUUUUUUCAUAGUGCUAGAUAGAUUUCUAAGAAGGAGGGAAGCCCACCUCAUCCCACUUUUUAAGUGUAAAUGACUUUUUUAAGAGGUGAAAUCAUUUUCCCUUUGUUUAUUUACAACCAGAUAUUCAAUCAUGGGAGAUUUUGUCUGUCUUGUGCGUUAGCUUAACAUUCCAUAGGUAGGAGGUGGUUUUCAUAUGCUACAAUGAAACACGUACUAAUGGCAAUUUGGAGUCAUAAUUGUACAUUCCAUCUGUCUUGAAUAUUUUCAGUUACUUCUCCCAUGUUGUUUAGUAGAAUUGCUUCUUUCAGAAAACCACUCCUUGUUGCUCUGUCAGAACUGUGUGCACUCUGUAAUAUCAGUGGUUGUGGUAGUCUAGUUUCCCUAGACUAAGAUUUUCUUAAUGUGCUAUGAAAGAUUGAAAAUUUGAAUAUGUAAUAGCAAUGUUUUGAAGAUACUAGUACUUGAUGGCUUCUUAAGGAAGAGUUGUCUCCCAAUGUGAAGCUGGAAAGUCAUUGGAAUGACAAUUCACAGCUUUUUAGAUUUUUGGUAUGUACAUUAAGAAUGUGUACAAAUUGAAAUGUCUAUGUACUGAUUCUCAACACCAAUAAAAUCUCAAUUAUGAACGAAAACAACAAAGCUGCUGGCUUUUGUAUGUUUAUUUUGUAACCUACAACUUUAUUGAGUUGGUUUAUCAGUUCUGACAGUGUUUUGGUGGAGUGUUUAGGUUUUUCCAUGUACAACAUCAUGUCUAUUGCAAACAUGGAUAAUUUGACUUCCUUUUUUCCAAUUCUGAUGCCAUUUAUUUCUUUCACCUCCCC